AUCUCUCUUAGCUGCAAUUUAACGUUAGAAAGGAUUCUGUUCUACUUCAUAUGGCCGCCGCAGUUACAGUUGAAGAUUCUAGGCGUGGCCACUGGCAACCGUUGGAGGACGAAAACCUACGGCAGCUUGUAGAAACAUAUGGAGCUCAGAACUGGAACUUAAUUGCUGAGAAACUUCCAGGAAGAACAGGAAAGAGUUGUAGAUUGAGAUGGUUCAAUCAACUCGACCCAAGAAUAAAUAGAUCACCAUUCACAGAGGAAGAGGAAGAUAGACUUCUUGUAGCUCACAAGAUCCAUUGUAACAAGUGGGCUCUAAUCUCUCGACUCUUUCCUGGAAGAACCGAUAAUGCAGUCAAGAAUCAUUGGCAUGUCGUCAUGGCAAGAAAGAAAAGGGAACAUUCUAAGGUAAAUGGUUGCAAAAGAAGUUUUCAUGAAACCUUAUGUCGACUUAAUCAACAAACAACAAAUUAUAAGAAAUCCAUUGAGGACCGUAUAUCAAAAGUGCACAAGCUUGCUUCCAUCUCCCCUUCAAGUUCUUGCGCUUCUAGGAUUACUUUCUUAAAACCCGCAGAAUUACCAAAUACAAAAGUCAAUGUUAUAACCUACUCAAUUGCGGAGGUUGUAAAAUACAAAGUCAAACAACCUUCUCUUAACCCGUUUUGUUUGAACCCUCUCCCAUGCCACGAGAAUGUAACCACCUCCCAUGAAAACAUGGUCAAGAGAAAAAAGCAUUUUAUCAUUGCAGAUAAUAUAGAACAAGGGCGAGAGCACAUCCAUGGAUUCAUCAAGAGGAAGGAAAUUCCAUUCAUAGAUUUUCUUGGUGUGGGGGCUCCUUCUUGAUGACUAAAAAUUAAAUAUAAUAUAUAUAGUUAAAUUAUAAUGCGGAUAGGUAUAGAACAUUAAUCAUUGGUAGGUGUUGUAUUGUUAUUUUGGUUAUGUUGUCACACAAACAUUAAUGUUUAG